AUGGCAUCCACCCGCCAGAUCGCCAGGCUGGUUGCCUCUCGUCGCUCCCCCUUCAUGCCGCUGGGUUCGACCGCAAACUUCUCUUCCUCGACCAUUCGCGCAGCUACACCCGCCGGUCCCCCUCAACCUGGCUUCCGCCUGCCCGCCCAAAAGACCUGGGAGAAUGAUGGAAAGAGUGCUAUGAACCGUGCCUCCGAGUACUUCUUGCUCAUGGAGAUGUUCCGCGGCAUGUACGUCGUCAUCGAGCAGUUUUUCCGCCCACCUUACACUAUCCUGUACCCCUUCGAGAAGGGUCCCAUCUCCCCCGUUUCCGUGGAGAGCACGCUCUGCGUCGUUAUCCCACCGGCCAUUACCAUUGAGGCGGAAGAGCGUGUGGAUGGAAGCCGCCGGACGACCCGUUACGAUAUCGAUAUGACCAAGUGCAUCUACUGUGGCUACUGCCAAGAGUCCUGCCCUGUGGACGCCAUUGUUGAGACCUCCAACGCCGAGUACGCCACCGAGACCCGCGAGGAGCUGCUCUACAACAAGGAGAAGCUGCUCGCCAACGGUGACAAGUGGGAGCCCGAGAUUGCUGCCGCUGCCCGUGCUGAUGCUCCCUACCGAUAA